AUGUGCUAUUGGAGUCUGUCUCACUCACCACCUCUGUUCCCCUCCGAGUGCGGGGCUCUCCAAAUUUUCAUGGCCAAAUAUGCUGCCCGCCGAGUGGCGCACCGCACCAUGAACCACCUCAGUCUAAUUACAGGCCCAGCUGCAUCGAGCCGCCAAUUGACUCAUACCGAACUCACCUGA